CAAAUAAAAAGAGGGGAGUCAUGAUCUGGUUUUGAAGAGUCAAGCAUUUGUUGUUCUUCAGAGAGCUACAGACGACUUGGACGUGACUAACUUCAUAGAGGGUGUGCAAUGGCAGUCUGGCCUCUUUGUCUGUCUUUCUUUCUGCUCUUUGCUCUGGAUGCUUCAGAGGCUGCACCUCUUACUGGCACAGGCGAUGGGACCUGUCCCCUGGUCAGACAAGCAACCUGUGAAACUGAAAGUGGAUGGUCUGCAUAUGAAGGUAGAUGCUUCCGCUUUUUUAACUUUCAGCGUUCCUGGAUUGACGCAGAGAAACAGUGUUUGGGCUACGAUGGGAACCUGGCCUCUGUACACAGUUAUGAUGAGUACACCUUCAUACAGGACCUGAUUAAAUCUCAAACUCAAGCUUCAACUCUGUCCUGGAUAGGAGGCUAUGACGCUGUUUCAGAGGGAAACUGGCUCUGGAGUGAUGGAUCAAAACUGAACCUAGAGAUAUGGGCUCCUCCACAACCUGACAAUUGGAAUGGAGUAGAGCAUUGUCUUGAGAUGAACUAUCAUUCUUUGAGCAACUGGAAUGACCAACUCUGUCAUGAAAAAAGGCCUUUUGUGUGUGUGAAGAAAUACACAUCAGUAUAUAAGCUUCAUGUUACAUUUUGAAUGUCUUAUGGUCUUGAAUCAAAGGAAUAGUUGACCAAAUUACAAUAUUUAAAUCAUCGCUUACCCUCAGUCGAUCCAAGAUAAAGAUUAGUUCUUCAUCAGAACAGAUCUAAAGAAAUAAAACUUUACAUCAAUUGUUUAUUGAUGGAGAUACUCUGCAGUGAAUGGGUGCCAUCAGAAUAAAAGCUCAAACAGCUGAUCAUGAAAACAUCACAAUAGUCCACACGACUCCAGUCCAUCAAUUAAUGUCUUGUGAAGUGAAAGGCUGCAAGUUUGUAUCCAGUUUUUCAUUUUUUGGUCAAAUGCUCCUUUAAUUCUCUGAUUCCUUUACUAAUGUUUAAGUAGAACUCAAUAAAUAUCAAGCAGUUGCAUUUAA